GUUUGAACCAGAGUCCCGCCGCAGCGAUAAGUGUCAGGUUUCCUUCUGUGACAGUUAGCAUGAAGCUAAGCUAGUCCUCCAUCAUUAUUAUCAGGGGAGAGUUCUGAUAAACUGACCCGCCCUCUGGUUCGCAUCAGCGAGCUUUAUGGACCAGCACCGCGGCGUUUAGACGGUUAUAGUGUCCGGUGUUUGAGUGAGUUUUAACUUUCAGUGUAGUCGUGUUAAAGUUCGAGUGAGCUGGUUAUCAUGGCAGAGGGAGCGGACUGCGGUCCAGUCAACGCCGAGAAGAGGAGACAUCCAGCGGGGAGGAAGAGCCGACAGAGCCAGCAGAAGAAGAGCUCCAGCAGCCGGGUGAGUCUAGAGAAAGUUCUGGGUAUCAGCACAGCCAGUGGCAGCGGACUGACCUCCGACCCAAACACUGGACUCAUCGCCUAUCCUGCAGGAUGCGUCAUCGUUUUGUUUCACCCGAAGAAGAACAAGCAGACUCACAUCAUCAAUGCGUCCAGGAAACCCUUCAGCGCUCUCGCCUUCUCCCAUGAUGGAAAAUACCUGGUCACUGGUGAGAGCGGUCACAUGCCGUGUGUGCGGGUGUGGGAGGUGGAUGGAGGUCAGGUGGCCGAGGUUCAGUCUCAUAAAUACGGAGUUUCCUGUGUGGCGUUCUCCACCAACAGCAGCUACAUCGUCUCUGUGGGAUACCAACACGACAUGACUGUUAGUGUGUGGGACUGGAGGAAAGGUUCGAUCAUCGCCUCCAACAAAGUGUCCAGCCGAGUGUUCGGCGUGUCGUUCUCUCAGGACAACAGCUACUUUGUCACCGCAGGAAAGAGACACGUCAAGUUCUGGUACCUGGACGCCUCAAGAGAACGACGGGUGAACAGCACCGUGCCUCUGAUUGGUCGGUCAGGGUUGCUAGGUGACCACAAAGACAGUAUCUUCAGCGGGGUGGCAUGUGGGCGUGGCCUCAUGGCGUGCAGCACCUACUGCAUCACAAGCUCCGGUCUGCUGUGUCUCUUCAACAGCAGCCGAGAGCUGGAGGCCUGGGUCAACCUCAAGACGUCAUCGGCGAGCUGUCUGGCGGUCAGCGAGGACUUUAUCUUCUGUGGUUGUGCUGACGGCCUCAUCAGAGUUUUCAGUCCAUCCAACCUGCAGUACAUCUCCUCGCUGCACCGACCUCACCAGCUGGGAGUCGACCUCACCCAGAGUGUACAGCACGGCAGCCUGUUAACUGCCAGUCCAGGUGCUCAGUACCCCGACACGCUGGCUCUGACCUUUGACCCCGCAGCCAAACACCUGACCUGUGUGUACAACGACCACAGUGUGUAUGUGUGGGACGUUACAGAUGUGAGGAACGUGAGGAAGCUGUACUCUGCUCUGUACCACAGCAGCUCCGUGUGGAGUGUCGAGGUGUAUCCGGUGCUGUCAGAUGCGUCGCAGGCGUGUCUGCCUCCGUCCUCCUUCUUCACCUGCUCGUCUGAUAACACCAUCAGACUGUGGCACACCGACCCGCCCACCGCACACAGAAACCUCUACAGCAACGACCUGCUGAGGAUUUUGUAUGUGGGGGAGAACACACAGCACCUGCAGGCUGAGGGGGAGAGGGGGGAGUCAGCCGGGGCUGAUGGGAAGGCCGGGAUCCGAGUUCUGAGUAUCAGUCCUGACGGGCAGCACCUGGCUGCUGGAGACCGCUGUGGAAACCUGCGGAUCUUCGGUCUGGAGUUUCUGGACGAGCUGGUGAAGAUCGAAGCUCACGACUCGGAGGUGUUGUGCCUGGCGUUCUCCCCGACAUCCACAGGCCUGAAGUUGUUGGCGUCGGCCAGCAGAGAUCGACUGAUCCACAUCUUCAACCCGGAGAAGAACUACAGCCUGGAACAGACUCUGAACGACCACUCGGCCUCCAUCACCGCUGUCAAGUUCACAGGUGAGAAGCCUGAGGUCAGAAUCGUGAGCUGUGGAGCCGACAAAAGCAUCUACUUCCAAACAACUGAACAGACGUCCGAGGGUUUGUCGUUCUCCAGGAGUCACCACGUGGUGGAGAAGACGACGCUGUACGACAUGGACCUGGACUCAUCGAGGACGCACGUCACCAUCGCCUGUCAGGACCGAAACGUCAGGGUUUACAACACUGAAACUGGGAAGCUGAAAAAGUGUUUGAAGGGCUCGUCAGGUGACGAAGGAGCUCUGCUGAAGAUCCACAUGGAUCCCUCGGGGUCGUUCUUCGCCACCAGCUGCUCCGACAAGAACAUCACCAUCUUUGACUACGAGUCAGGAGAGUGUGUCGCCACCCUGUUCGGACACUCAGAGAUCGUCACCUGUAUGAGAUUCAGUCAAGACUGCAGACACCUCAUCACUGUGUCAGGAGACAGCUGUGUGUUCGUGUGGAGGUUGGACUCUCAGAUGACCAGCACCAUGAGGAAGAGACGUGGCCUCAAACUGACCACCGCACCUGAAACCUACAGCCGCACACAGCAGAACAUCAGGAGAGAGACCUUCAUCACCGUACCGUCUGCUCAGCUGCAUCAGAUGGAGGAGGAGGAGGAGGAGGAGGAGGCUGAACUCAGGACUCCAGCCAGACUGGACUCGGCUCAGGAUCCUCCGCUGCUGGAGACCAACGGGAAGAUGCCCAUGUGGUUCAGGAGACUGCAGGGUCAGUGUGAAGCUCCCAUCGUCGUCCAAGCAGACACUGAACCUCGUCAGGUACGGAGUCGGUGGACGGAGCAGCUGGAACCGCUGAUCAUCAGCUCCAACCUCUCCCCGAGUCAGGCAGAGGAAGAGGAAGAGGAGGGAGAGGAGGAGGAAGACUUCCACCCUCAGAGUCUGGAGAGUCUGCUGGGAGAGGAGGUGGAGGAGGAGGACGAUGAAGAGGUGGAGGAGGAAGAGAAGGAGGUGCUGCAGAAUCCAGUUCAGGACAAGAGCAGCUACAUCCUCUACGCCGACACCAACACCACCGACAGGGAGUUUGAUGUUGAGGGUGUGACUGACACCCGGCGGUCUCUGACCCAGCUGGAGGUCAAAGGUCAGAGGGCGGAGCCAGUGUGGAGCACACAGCUGAGUCCAGACUCGGCCUGCUCUGAGGGCUCAGCAGGAAGUCUGGAGCAGCAGCAGGACGCCGACACAGACUCUCUCAGUCAGGGCAGCUCUGUGGGCAGUUUGUGUCUGGAGGACGACGAGGACAGAAACUCUCUGAAGAGCCACUUCGACACUCUAGCGUCCGGGCUGAGCGACGAGAAGUUCGACACGGACCCGAGGACUCUGCAGCCUCCAGACGAAAAACACUUCCUGAACCCUCGACUCAGCAUCUCCACUCGCUUCCUGUCCAGGUUCCAGGACAGAGUCAAGGCGUGGCCAAGUCGAGCUCCGCCUCCUGUCUCAAUCCCAACCAGGAUCCUAGAGGAGAGCAACGUCGGCAAUACAUCGGUGAGUGCUGAGUGGAGCAGUGAGGUCACCUCACCUGAGACGACUCCUAACCCAAACAACAACAACAACAGUGGAGUGAGAUGCAGACAGUCUGUCCUUCGUCGUAGCGCCUCCUGCCUGAGUUCCCAUCAGCCCGUCCGCCAUCGAGUUCGCCGACGAAAUACUGUGGUGCUUGUCCAGUGCAGAGAAACACUGCGAGACGUCACCUCGAGAACCCACAACAGAAGCGCGGCGUCGGCAGACCAGCAGGGGGCGUCUCGGCUCGGAUACCUCGGCACCACGGCCAGCUCCAGAGCCAAACUGAGCCUGGACGCCUCCACCGCCUCCACACAGGAGGAGAAGGAGAACCUGUCUUCAUCGAACCUGCUGCCUCCUGCCCCCCUUCUGUCUGCUGCUCCAGACCUCCACGGCACCAAACCCGAUCGCCCUCAGGACCAGACCAGCAGUGUCGAGCCUUCUACCCAGAAGUCUCAGCGUGAUGUACCUGCAACGAGCCCACAGGUGUUGUUGGCCACGCCCACGGAUGCAACGUUGACAGGUGAAGCCAGAUUGUGGAGCAUCAGCAGUGCUGAGGAGAUGCCGACGAAUGAAAACCGAAGCCUCACCUUCAUACAAAGCCCCGCCUCCUCCAUCACCCUCACAGCCACGCCCACUGCUUGUGACAUCAUCCAGACUGACGCAGUAUCAGACCCGUCUGCAGGAGGUGACUCUUCGUCCUCUGACCUGCCCUCCUCCUCCUCCUCACCGCUGUCAGAAAUGCUCCGCCCCCCUCAGACAGGUUCAGAGUCGGUCAGUCUGCUGCAGUGUCAGCAGGUCGCCGACGAGCUGAAGCAGACGGCGAGACGAGCCGUGCACCUGUACCAACAGCUCAGCUCAGACGACCCUUCAGAGCGACGUCUUCAGAUGACGUCGGUCCUGCAGGAGGCGUUUGAUAUUGUCGACUCUGAGCUGCAGGCGGCGCUGCGGGGUGGAGACGGGCGGGGCAGCAGCUGCGCCCCUUCUGGUCCUCUGGAGGACGACAGGACGAUGUCUCUGUUGGAGAAAUACUCUGAACGUCUGCUUCAGAUGACCCAGAACAAACUGAACAGAAUCUGACCCGGGACCAGCCGCCCUGCUGCCGUCUGUACGGAGGCUGAAAGAGGACAAACUUAAACUUUUAACUUGAGCCUGAGUGACACAGAGCUGCUUUCAUUGACAUCAGUAUUACGUUUAAAGCACCUUAUCUUUAUUUUUUAUGUCAGAAAAACUUUUUAUCUGUUUUUAAGUCACUUUUUGUAUAUAAACUGUACUUUUAUGUUGUUUAAUAAAUGUGUCAGCUGUUUGA